AUGGCAAGAGAGCCGCUAGAUGCUGCUCUUGCAGCAGAUCUGGAGCGGCUGGGACAUGAUGCGGCUGCGGUGGCUGCUGGCAAAUGGCCUACUCGAAACCUGACGGACAGGAGUCUGCAGUUUCUCAGAGGUGAGCUGCAGAUGGCUGGCCAUGCCUUGGAUCAGGGAGCAGCCGAGCGCAAACACGUGGUGGCCAUGGUGUGCGCUGCCAUGUCUGCUCGGGCCCAGGUUCGCUCCAACGAGCAUCCGAUGUGGCGAGCCUUUCUCAAGACUCUCUCGCCAGAAUACAGAAUCCCAGAACGACACAGGAUUUGGAGCCUCAUCAAAGAGCUUGAUGAGGCCAUCUCUUGCAAAUUGAGAGAGCUGCUGAGUGAUGCUUCUCAGAUGUGGUUCCUCACCAGUGACGGGGCGACCAGCAAGGGUGAGGGCUUGCUCUCGAUCGAUUGCAGAAACUCUCAUGGUGACUGUUACCAUUUAGCUUUGAUCAAUGGGGAAUGGCGAAAGCAAGUUCACACCGACCUGAUUCCACCGGGGAGAUUGGCUGGCCUAAGCCAGGACACAGCUAGCACUUGCCGGAAAGCAUUCCGUCUCCUUGCGGAAGAGUUACGUGCCUCGGGCCACCAUCGCCUGGAUUAUGUCUCUUGCGGUGAACAUGUCGCCCAACUUCUUCAUCAAGACCUUGCACGCUGCAUACCUUGGGUCCAGGAGUCUCACGAACGUGCUCACAAUGCACAGAAGGUGAUUCUAAAGAGGAAGCGUGCACGGGCCUUUGUGACGGGCGCCCAGAAGCAUGCAGUAUCUGUUGGGAAGCUGCGUCGUCUCCGAAAGCUCAGAGUGAUUCGAAGAACCCGAUUCAAUUCCCGGGUGCAAGUCCUUGACUCCUUUCUGCUCAACACUCCGCUGAUGCGGAGGGUCAUUGCAGCUCCUGCCUUUGCGGCCACCAUGCAGGUUGACAACGCCAGGAAGCAGAAGAGGGUGGACGAGGCUAUGAAAGCUUGGUCUUACGAUGCCACAUACCACAGAGCACGACGUGCUCUGAUCAUUGGAGCUCCUUGCGCCGUCCCUGGCCCAGUUGCGCGGAAAACGCACAGAUUUGCGCUUCUUCCCUGUGCGUUUUUGCAGAAAACGCACGUUCUUACCCGCAGAGUUGGCGGUGCAGACUUUUUCAAAGCCCACGCUGCCUGGCUGCACGCCCGCAACGACAUCAUCAAGGCCGUCGCCGACCAUGACUUCGUGGAUCACAAACGCAAGGAGACAGAGGCAGUGCUCCAGACUCGAAGGAAUGCCAUGGCUGAGAUUUUGGACAAGCGCUCUGAGGCUUACUGCACCGCUGCCCACAAGGCUGCAUUCGUUUUGGACCCCCGGCUGCAAGACUACGUCAACGACCCCGAUGCAGAUGAAGAGCUUGGCUUCUCUUUCACGCAAGCUCGACAGGACGCCGCCUAUGUGCUCAACAGCGAGUACCUCCCAAAGUUUUUCUCCGAGCCCACACAGGUCAGGCAAGCCCAGUCGGCUGUUCGCGACUACUUGGCACACUCCGGGCCCUUCAAGAAUGUCACUUGGCCCGACAAGAGUGCUUCCGUCGCGGAUGUGGUGGGGUUUUUCGAGACCGGCCAGCCAUCCUGGUUCCUGCGUGAAUUGGGCCUGCACUUUGCAGCCCUUGCAGGCUCCCAAGGCAUGUCCGAAAGAACUUGGGCAACACUUAGUCGCCAAGCUCAGCCGAUCCGUGCCCGACUCAUCUACCCUGCCAAGAAACGGUUGUUGAACAUCGCCGCCAACUGGAAGCUUCUUUACCCGGACCUUGCUCCCAUGCCGCCAGAGAGGAAGCGUCGAAGGCAUGAUUUUGAGAUUCCGACCCUCGCAAGUCGUCGUGCCGGUCCAUCGGAGCCCGCCGCUGAAGGUCCACAACGCUGUGAUGAGUCGUCUUCCUCUACGAGCUCCUCCAGCUCGUCCUCUUCCAGCAGCAGCAAUGUGCGCGAGAUUCCCGACCAAAAUGAAGAUGAAGAUCAAGGCUUUCCAGGUGAUUCGCUUGUGGAUGAUUUGGAGGGUAGCGAUGCCCCUGAAGAGGCAGUAGCUGCCAGUGCCUUGCGUGCUUUGGGCCUGGAGCCCUGA